CACAGCACCCUGGGGACAACACUCAUGGUGACAAUGGUGACACGGCGAUGGCACCACAGGGACAGGGCCCAGGGCACCAUGGCACAGGGGACAGGCCUGGCACAGGGGACACCCCCGCCAUGGUGGCCGUGAGCAGCACUGGGGACGCUGGCAGCAGGUGGCAUUUCGCCAUCGCUCGGUGUCAUUGUCACUGUCACCUCCCCUGCCAAUUACCGGGGCGGGCUCUGUCCCCGCCCUGCCCGGCUCCAUAAAGGCGCUGUCACCUGCGGGGACAAGGCCCAGAGGACACGGGACAGGAUCCCGGGAGGUGACACAUCCACGGUGCCACCUGUGCCACCUGUGCCACCUGUGCCACCAUCUCGGCAGGCCCAGCCAUGUCACACUCAUCCAGAGCUGCCCUCAGAAGGACACCCCGGGGACACCCUCUGGUCAUGGGGGACAGCGGGGACACGGCCGAGGGCGUCACCGACCCCGACAUGGUGGCCUUGUUCGACGACUUCCUGGGGAAAGGUGGGUGCGGGUGUCCCCGUGUCCCUGUCCGUCCGCAGCCGUACCACUACGUGCUGCGGGACACGGAGCAGCAGGGGCUGUGCCUGCGCCACGGACACCUGGUGGCCACCAGCCUGCAGGGGGCCAACGCCGCCCUGGAAGAGCCCAUCAGCGUUGUCCCCAACCGGCACCUGGAGCGCCGGCGCAGUCCCCUCAUCGUGGGCAUCCGCGGUGGCACCCGCGCCCUGUCCUGUGGCACCGGCCCCGAGCCCCGGCUGAGCCUGGAGGACGUGGGGCUGCUGGAUCUCUUCUCGGGGGACAAGGACAGGGCCCUGCCCUUCACCUUCUACAAGACCUUCGGGGGCUCCACGCACACCUUCGAGGCCGCCGCCUUCCCCGGGCUCUUCCUCAGCACGGCCCCGGAGCAGCCGCUGGGCCUGGCCCCGGGCGCCACGGCCUUCUACCUGCGCCGCAAGUGA